AUGGACGACGUUCCUCGACCGCUUCGUGCAGCACGGUUUUCAGCACGGGAAGGGCGUUGGAUACAGACCACCAAUUGCGCUCGUGGGAUAAGAGAGCCAUUGCCUACACGGGUACGGCUCGUGAGCUGGAAUGUAGAUUUCCAGACGAAGGGCCCCAAAAAACGACUGAUGGCCGCGCUGCUGCACCUCCAGCGGCAGGUACUCAGAUGCCAGACGCCAGCCGAGCGUCCAGAUCCCUGCUGUAUCUUGCUUCAGGAAGUAUGUGUGGGUUCAUUCACGAUGAUCCUCACGAACGAGUGGGUGCAACGAUACUUUCUCGUUGUGCCCACAUCUACAGACAAAUGGCCGGCUGGGGCGACGUACGGGACGGUUAUGCUGGUGUCACGCACGGUCCCUGUGUCGAACGCGUUUACGAUCGAAUUCAGUAACUCAACGAUGGCAAGGAAUGCGAUAUUUGUGGACUUAAAGCUGAGCGUGCCGGCACCGCCACAUUCGCCACGGCUGUCCGACGGCAUAGUAACGGUCCGGGUCGCGAAUACGCACUUGGAGUCACUGCCCAGAGGGGCUGCGGCGCGACCCAUGCAGUUGGGGCUUAUCUCGGAGAAGCUGCGGGAGUACGAGCUUCGUGGAGGGGUGGUUGCCGGGGAUAUGAAUGCCAUUGGACCGUCGGAUAUGAGUAUUGCGGAGGAUGUAGGAUUGAUGGAUGCAUGGCAACAUGGGGAUGACGAGGAGGAAGGAUAUACUUGGGGAUACCAACCCAGGGAACAAUAUCCACCCGGGAGGCUGGACAAGGUGCUCUUCACGACGAGGGGGGGAUUUGCAGUGGAGGAGCCGGAGAGGUUUGGUGUCGGGGCAAAGACGGACUACGGAGAUUGGAUCUCAGACCACUUUGGGCUUGCGACUACGCUGCACGUCGUGAGAGAGGACGAGGGGAUCAUGAUGGAAAUGUGA